AUGACCGAAAGCGCCCAGUCCAAUGCCAGACUACUAGAAGGCAUUUCAGAAGCAGAAACUACGCUUAACUUGUUCUUUAACAACAAAAUCGAAGAUGCCAAAGGACGCUUGAAGCGCGGUCAGUCGGGUAUGUAUCAGGAACUGGCACAUUCUACCAUCCUAUUUGUACAAGGAACAGCAACGAUUGAGCAGGAACAUCUAUUACGAGCCACAAAGCAUAUUCGUUCUACUUUGGGAGUGUGUAACUCUCAUCGACGAAAAGCCGGAUUGACGGAGACGUUCACGAAGCGAAUUGAGAAAAGUCGACAUGCGAUUUACAAGGAAUUCACCGAAGAACAGGCCCACGCUGAACUCUGUUACGCAGAAGGUCUUUUGCAACUGGCAUUCUUAAGUAUGCUUCAGGACGAAAAAUUCACUACUCUUGUCCGUUCCUCACUCAAAGUUAGACAAUGCUACAAAUGCUACCGAUAA